AUGGGGCAGUGCAUCAGCGUCCCACAUCAUAAGUCAUCUAUGAUGCACGAAGGAUCAACCAAACGCUUUUAUCGCUCCAGAAACGGUAAUUUAAGUGCCACAUUCCAUGUCUUAGAUUCUGAUAUGAAGUGGGAUUUGAUCAACAUCAACACUGCGACAGAAGAACAGCUGAUGACACUGCCUGGAAUAAACCGAGUGACUGCCGAAAACAUCGUGGAGUACCGCCAGAGGAUUGGUGGCUUCAAACGGGUUGAAGACUUGGCUUUAGUUUCCGGCGUCGGUGCUAACAGACUGGAGCAGUUCCGAACCGAAAUCACGGUCGGACGUCGCAAAAUCAACAACAGUAGCCGUAGUUCCUCUCUUACGCAGUCUUUAGAGUCUUUGCAGACUAACGAAACUAAUGUCAAACCUUCGCCUUCAAAACUUGUGAAUGUAAAUAGUGCAAAUGUCUUUCAGUUAAUGAGUGUGACACGUAUGACUCAGGAAAUGGCAGCUAACAUAGUGCAUUACAGGGAACGUAAAGGACCCUUUAAGAGUAUAGACGAACUGUCGAAAGUCAAAGGACUUCCUCCCGAUAGAUUGGCGAUUGUAAAAAUGUAUUUAACAGUAGACUCAUCUUCAAAUGUUAUAAAUAGCUCAUCUGUGCAUAAUAAAAUGUCUCAAAACUGUUUAUACGGUAGACGUGCUAUUGGACAUUGUAGGACUAAUUCUGCACCUAGUGGAUUAGAAAAGUUACGCUCAUAUGAUCCUAGUACAAAAGACUUUUAUGAACUAGUCUCUUCUCUUAUUACACGGCCUCCUGUAAGUGAAGUUUUUAGCAAUAAUUAUCUAGGCAGGCAAGUGUUUAGGCUGGCAUCUUGGAAUCUUCAAGAUUUUGUUAUUGAAAAAGCCAAAAAUCCUGGAGUACAAGAAGUUAUGGCCAGGACUAUAUUAGAAAAUGGUUUUAGUUUAAUUGCUGUGCAAGAAGUUGCCUCCAGAGAAGCAUUGUCUUUGAUUGCAUCUGAGCUCAAUGAACCAAAAUUAUAUCCCGUUAAAAGCUGGAAGGGAGAUCGUGGUAAAUGGCAUAGCUUAGUUUCUUCACAUGUUGAUACAGACAACUCUCAUCAGAAGUCCUUUGUAAAUGGCUUUUUGUAUGAUACAAGUCGAGGACUGCAGUUGCAAGAUUCGUCUGUGUUAUACAUACCUAAGGAGAAAAUGAUGGGUGUCACAAUCAAAUGUCAACCUUUCCUUGGUUAUUUCAAAAUCAAAAACAUGGAUUUUGUUGUUGUAACAUUCAGUUUAAUUUCCGAAAGCUGUGUGGCUAAGUUACUGCCCUCACUCUUGGAACAGUUGAAGGAAAGGAUCCAAGUUUUUGAAGUUUUGUGUGGUCAAGGAUAUACUCAGUUAGUUCCUGUAGAAUCUUCUUCAGAUAAUGAAAACUGGCAGGAAGAAAGUCACAUUUGGUCAAGUUUAAAUGUUAGAAAAAUAUAUUCUGGCCGGAGCGGUGUUGUUUUGAAUGGUCUUAGUCAUUUAGCUAUACCCAACGGAUGGAAGUGGGGUGGUUCAGUGAGCAAGCAUUGCCCUGUUUGGGCUGAGGUUUUCACGGAAGAAGAUUCUAACGGUGUCAGUUCUUUACCUCUUUCAAACGGCAUCAGUAAAAUUCCAGUUCUCGGACCGGAUGUAAUUGCUGAUGCUAUCAAUGAAAAUAUUAGUACUUUAAGUGACAAAAACAAAGAAAAGUGUAAGGGCUUUUGGGAUCGUACCUGGACGUGGAGGUAUAACCAUCGACAACAUGUGACAUGUGAGAAAACAAAAGUCCUUGGUAAAGAAAAUGGUUGCCUCUGA